AUGCUUUGUGGUUUAUGUUUUGAUGAGGAUGAACAUCUUGAUUGCUUCCGGAGAAAGAGAGAUGAAGCUCUUAACAAAUCUGGAAACAGAGGCAAGGGAGAUGUCAGGGGUGGGAAAAACAAGUUUAGGCUUUGGCAGGCAUAUCCGAUAAUUGAUUGGCCACGCAAGCACUCUCUCACACACACAGAGAUUGGCAUGUUGUGGACCCCGUCUUCACCCCCCACUACUCUAAUCGGUGGCGCUCCCUACACAGCUCGACUGGACCUCGGCUUCUUCAAGCCUGUUGACUCCUUCAUUGACUCUCCCCGUGCAAGCUACGGCGUCCAAAUGGCACCACUCAUCCAAAAAUACUGCAAAUGCCAGCCUGAAAAAACCUCCGAGAGCUCACCACACAUUUCCCGAGACGACUCCAAAGUCGCGAUCCUCCACAGUAGUAGCGCCGCCUCUACUCAGUGGCCGGCCGGCGAGGCUUCUCCGGCAAUGUGGAACUCACGCGCUCCGGUCGCCGUACUCCUCGCUGCUCUUCUCUACUCGGUAGCUCUCGUCCCUGCUCAGGGAUCUAGUCCCUGGAAAACACUCACUGGAGAUCCACCUUUUGUCGUGGCACGAGGGGGAUUUUCAGGCCUCUUUCCUGGUUUCAGUUCCGCAGCUUACAAUUUGGCACUGAUCACUAGUGUGCAAGAUGUGGUACUAUAUUGUGACGUCCAACUAACCAAAGAUGGAGCCGGAAUUUGCUUUCCAGACUUGCUGCUGAAUAACAAUUCAAAUGUGGAUCAAGUUUUUGUAAAGAAGGAAAAGACUUACCCUGUUAAUGGAGUUCGCACGAAAGGGUGGUUUAGCAUUGACUAUACUCUCAAGGACCUUGCGAAUGUUUUCGUUACUCAGGGAGUAUAUAGUCGAGCUAACAGCUUUGAUGCCAAUAUGUACCCAAUUCUCACCGUAGAAGAUGUGGCUAAGCAAUUUGCACCGCCAGCCUUAUGGUUAAAUAUUGAGAACAAUAUGUUCUUCGCGCAACACAACUUGAGUAUGAGAAACUAUGUGCUUUCUGUAUCAAAAAAAGUGGUUAUCAAUUUUAUCUCAUCACCAGAGGUGGCUUUCCUGAACAGUUUUAAAGCACGUGUUAGUCCAUCUACAACAAAUUUGGUCUUUAAGUUUCUUGAUGAAGCUAAGAUUGAGCCUUCGACAAACCAGACUUAUGGUUCUCUCUCCAAGAAUCUCACAUUUAUCAAGACAUUUGCCUCUGGAAUCAUAGUUCCUAAAACUUACAUAUGGCCUGUCACCAUGGACAAUUAUCUAGAACCUCAUACUUCCAUUGUUUCGGAUGCUCAUAAAGCAGGGCUAACCGUAUUUGUGUCAGGUUUCUUUAAUGACGUGCCAUUCCCCUUCAAUUACAGUUAUGAUCCAGUUUCCGAGUACUUGUCAUUCUUCGACAAUAACAACUUCAGUGUUGACGGUGUGCUGUCUGACUUUCCCAUAACUCCAUCAGCAGCCAUAGAUUGUUAUGCUCACCCAGAAAAGAAUGCUUCAGUGCCAGAUGCACCUUUGGUCAUUUCGAAAGAUGGAGCAAGCGGAGACUACCCCGGCUGUACUUACUUAGCGUAUAUGCAUGCAAUUGAAGAUGGUGUAGAUGUACUCGAUUGUAAUGUCCAAAUGUCCAAGGAUGGGAUACCAUUUUGCUCAAGCACUAUAAAUCUUAUUGAUAGCACAGCAGUUGCUCAAUCAAGAUUUAACAACUACUCAAUGGUUGUUCCAGAAAUUAAGGUUGGCAGUGGAAUCUAUACCUUUAGCCUGACAUGGGAUCAGAUCAAAACACUAAAACCUUCUAUAUUAAGCCCCCAAAGAAGUUACACCUUGUUUAGGAAUCCAAGGUUCAAAAGUGCUGGCAGUUACUUGAAUUUAUCUGAAUUUUUGACCAUGGCAAAAAAUUCAAGUUCUCUAUCUGGUGUCUUGAUCAGCAUCGAGUAUGCGGCGUAUCUUGCAGAGAAGAAGGGAUUAAGUGUGACAGAUGCAGUCAUUACUGAGUUAAACAAAGCUGGUUAUGGUAAUCAGACAAAGCUAGAUGUCAUGAUUCAAUCCACUAAUAGUUCUGUUCUGAUGAAAUUUAAGGAGGAAACCAAGUAUAAAUGUGUCUACAAGAUUGAAGAGAAAAUUGGUGAUGCCCUUGAAAAAACUGUUGAGGACAUUAAGAAGUUUGCCAAUGCUGUGGUCGUCAACAAAGCCUCUGUCUUUCCGGAAAAUCAGGCAUUCAUCACUAGAGCAACUGAUGUCGUAAAGACAUUUCAGGGAUCUGAAAUACCUGUUUAUGUUGAACUCUUCAGCAAUGAGUUUGUAUCUCAAGCAUGGGAUUUCUUCUCAGAUUCAUCUGUGGAGAUCAAUUCAUAUGUGACGGGGGCCGGUGUUGAUGGUGUUAUCACAGACUUCCCCAAAACAGCUGCUCGAUACAAAAGAAAUCGGUGUUUAAGUUAUAAAGUGACACCUGCCUACAUGAGCCCUGUUCAAGCAGGCAGUCUGGUACAAGUUGUUUCUCCUGUUUAUCUGCCACCUGCUGAGGCUCCAAAUCCAGUCCUGACAGAGAGUGAUGUGAUUGAGCCGCCAUUGCCAGCCGCCAAAAUAGCCUUAGCUCCCGGGCCAUCCAGUGGAUCUACAGUGUCACCACCACCACUGCCAAACGGGCAGCCGAAGAAUGCUGUGUGCUUCCUUCUUUCAACUCUAGCUAUGCUAUCUACCAGCCUUUUUCUUCUCUGAAACUGUGAAAGCAUUUUCACUCGGUAGCUCGUGGUCUUGUAAUUUUUCCCAUCUCAUUGCUCUCUCCUGGAGCAUUUUGCUGAAUGAACACUGGCUAAUUCUUUUUUCUAUUUAUCAAAUUUGUUACUAUGUUGUAGGUAAUGUUCACUCUUCCCCCCACGUAAAUUGAGGAUACAGAUUAUGAAACUACGUACAUUAGAUGUCGUUAUGUUCA